GCUUCCCACAUAAAUAUUCCUACCCAUCUACUGAUCACCAUCUCAUGAUCAACUCAAUCUGGCUGUCACUCUCUGCUGCAAAGGAAGAUGGCCAAGCUCUUUUAUCUGAAUCUUCUGCUUCUCCUUGCACUAUCAUUCUCCUCAGGAACGAUGAUGGGGAAGAGUAAUACUGAUGGGUUCUGGAGAUCAUGGGAUGGAGAUGAGGAGAAUGUGAGGAAGAUGGAGGAGGAGGUAGGGUUAAUACUGUGCAACGGAACAUGGGCUGCGAGUGAAUGUGCAGACCAACAAUGGUGUGAACGAACCUGCGCUCCCUGUAAGACUGGCUCCAAUGGAACCCUCCUCGCCAACUGCACUGCCGAUGGCCAAUGCAUUUGUGUCUUUCACAAUAUCAUUUGUACACUUCCUUCUGGAUGUCCCAUUAUCCCUCUCCCCGUCUAGCCUCUACCUUCAUGAUCUCUCUUUCCCUCUCUCUGGGUUUGUAUUUAGUACUCUCUAAUUAUACCAUCUCCUAAUUCGAUUCCCUAAGGUCACAGGUUAAAUUUUCUCUUAAGGCAUUAUGCCAGUGAAUUACCAAGAGUGCGUCAAUGGACGAACAACUUUUACUCUCGAAUUUGAUACCGCACCAUAGUGUCCAAUGUGAUGCGAUGAUGACUGGAGUCUUUAGAUGAAAUUUAGUCAUUGUUACUUGUAGAAGAUGUUUUUUAAUAAUAAUAGUCGCGUUAUGGAAAUUU